AUGCCGCGACCUAAAAAUAUUAUUCUUUUAGAUAUGUUCAAUACAAAUGAAUCAAACGAAGUUGUGUGUAAUUUGCAAAAUUGUAAGAACAAGAUUUUAAGUGUACAUUCCGGAAAUAUAGAAAGACACUUAAAGAGAUCACAUCCUGAGCAAUAUGCAAACUAUAUUGAACAAAAACGUGCAAUGAAAUUACAAAACUGUGUUAACGAAGUAUUACUGCGAAGAAAUGUAAAUCCGAGGAACAUCGAACUAGCAAUAGUGGAACUAUUCACCAAAAAUGGACGUCCUCUGCAUAUGGCCGAAGAUAGGGCCUUCAAAAUUCUUAUGGAACCAGUUUUAAGUUUGCUCGGAAUAACAGUCAAUGAGCAUAAUAUAAUGGAGCGAAUUAUCGCAUUUUCCACAAAUAUUAAAACGGAAAUAUCUAAUGAUUUAAAAGGGACAUUGUUUUCUCUUAAGAUUGAUGUAGCAACCAGGUGGGAUUUGAGCAUGCUCGGUAUAAAUGUUCAAUACAUCAAAAAUGGUAAAAUCAUUGUUAAAACAUUGGCAGUAAAAGAGCUGAAAUCAAGUCAUACCGGUGAAUAUAUAAAAUCUAUUAUAUUGGAAGUUCUAAGAGAAUAUGGUGUUGAUGUACGCAACAUUUUUACCAUUACAACCGACAAUGGAUCUAACAUGUUAAAAACGGUAAAAGUGCUGAAUUCGGAGUUACAAAUGCUUAUGGAAGAGGAAUCUCAGGAUAGCGAAGAAGAAGUUGAUUGUGAAAUAUCGAUUUAUGAAAUUGAGUCAAUCGACUUUAAUAUAUCCUCACACCAUAUUACUAACAUUCGUUGUGGUGCCCAUACGCUGCAGCUGUGUGUAAAUGAUGUCCUAAAACAGCCUACAAUAAAAGAAAAAACUGAAAACCUAAGACUCGUAGUGAAAAAACUUCGAAGUAAAACGUAUAUGAGUAUUUUUAAUAAAAAUGGGCUCCACAAGAAACCUAUAAUUGACUGUAUAACAAGAUGGAAUUCAACAUACAAUAUGAUUGAAAGACUGCUGGAAAUAAGAGAAGUUGUAACUACAUUAAGCAAGGAUAAUUCGAAAUUAUUCAUUAGUUCUGCUGACUGGUCUUUCGCAAGUGAAUUUGUUGGAAUAUUUAAACCUAUUUACACAGCUACAAUGAAACUACAAACUGAACAGCUGUGUUAUAGCGAACUAUAUGUUGUAAUAAUGGAUAUUACAUUCCAAAUAGAUGCUUUACCAAAUACCGAAAUGAAAGUGAUACUGAAAGAAUCAUUGAAGACAAGAAUGGAUAAACUUUUUGAUAACGAACUUUUCAACGCAGCCGUGUAUUUGGAUCCACGUAUUAAAGUCUGUAUGACAUGCGAACAGAAAACUAGAGCGCAGAUGUACAUAGUGUCGUUAUAUAAGCGAAUAUACUCAAAAGAAGAUUCUACAACAGACAAUACGGCCUGCACAAUACUGGAUGAAACUCCAUCAACAAGUAAUGCAUGCACACCGAAAUCCUUUUCCGAUUACCUGCAAACUUUAGAUCCUACCACGCCUACACAGAGUUCUUCAAAUAUUGAUAAUUUUGAAUCCGAUCUAUCCACUUAUGAAAGAAAAUCUAGAUUGCCACUAAAUGCAAAUGUUUUACAAUAUUGGGACUCUUCAAACAUUAUUAGUGGCAUUGCGAAUAUUUUACUGGCAAUACCAUCAACACAAGUAAGCGUGGAACGCUUAUUUUCAGCUAUGAAAUAUAUGUUAUCCGAUCAGCGCAAUCGAUUGUCACCGUUAAAUUUGGAGCAUAUAUUAAUGGUAAAAGCCAAUGGGAUUUUUAAUUACCAAUUGGGAUCAGAUUAA